UUUUCCUUCUCUCUCACAAAUCCAAUCAUUAAGUUAUUUCAAAUAUAACUAACUAUAUUUACGUAGAGAAAAAGAUCCAAUUCAUGUUUACCUGAGUUUACUCGAAUCUCGCCGCAACAAGAACAUUGGAUCAAAAUGGUGUCAUCUUCAUCAAGUUUCAGGUUUGAAGAGUUUCUUGGAUGAUGUGAUCCAAUGGUAAGUUUUACGAAGCAUCUCUCCAUGGACAGAUGAAGUGAAGUGUCCCUUGAGAAAUCAGUUAGAGAUGAAUCCAUCAUCAAAUAAUCACACAAUAGAACCCAGAGACCUUGGCAAUGCAAGUGCCAACGUGAGUAGAGUUAACUCACCCCAAAGGAAGGUCUUGUCUGAGUCAAAGUCUCAACGUGUUUUUCAUACCCCGGUUAUGGCAGAUCCAUCAACAACUACAUUAAUAAGUCAAGUAGGUCAUAAAAUUCCUGAGAUGUUCCGACUGAAACAAGGAAGCUAUGCAGAUCUUCCUUCUGCAAAAAUUUCAGAACUGAUGAAAUCAACCAGUUUAGAUCAUUUAUUAAUGCAGAAUGCUCCUACUCAAUCGCUUUUGAGUGUUGUGAAUGGCAUUUUGGAAGAAAGUGUUGAAAAAAGAAAUGGAGAAAUACCCCAACGUGUGGCUUGCUUAUUAAGAAAAGUUGUCCAGGAGAUUGAGCGACGUAUAUCCACUCAAGCAGAACAUUUAAGAACUCAAAACAAUCUUUUUAAGGCUCGUGAAGAAAAAUAUCACUCAAGAAUCAAAGUACUUGAGGCACUUGCAUCUAGAACCAGGGACGAGAGUGAGAAUGAGAGGAUUAAAACAGAAGAAAAGAAGGCAGGUGAGUUAAAACAUACUGAGAAGACUAAAAGGGAAGAAGAGAAGGAAAAUGACUUGAAACAGUUUGAGAACAUCAAAAAGGAAGAAAAAAAGAUACACGACAAAGAGGUUAUCAGAUAUAUUAAAGAGUUGGAGGACAAAAAUAUGGAAAAUUCAAGAUUGAAGCAAGAACUAGAAACAAUGAGAAAAAAAUAUGAAGUGCAAUUUUCACAGUUGGAAGCAAAAAUUGAUGAGACAAAAAGAGUAGAUGAAAAAGUACUUAUUAGAUAUGUUGAAGAGAUAGAGUUCAAAAAAAUAGAAAUUUCAACUUUGAAGCAAGAACUAGAAACAAUGAUAAAAACAAAAGAAAUACAACGUUCACCAUUGGAAGCAAAGGGUGAAGAGGAAAAAAAAAUAGGUGACAAAGAAGUUAUCAGAUAUAUUAAAGAGUUGGAGGACAAAAAAAUGGAAAUUUCAACAUUGAAGCAGGAAUUGGAAAUAAUGAAAAAAACAAAAGUACAAUGCUCAUCAUUGGAAGCAAAAGGUGAGGAGGAAACGAUAACAAGUGACAAAGAGGUUGUUAGAUAUGUUAAAGAGUUGAAGGACAAAAAAAUGGAGAUUUCAACCUUGAAGGAAGAACUAGAAACAAUGAAAAAAGCAUAUGAAGUGCAAUGCUUGCAGUCAAAAGCAAAGGCUGGGGGUGAGACAAAAAUAGAUGACAAAGAGGUUAUUAAAUACGUUAAAGAGUUGGAGGACCAAAAAAGGGAAAUUUCAACAUUGCAACAAGAACUAGAGACAAUGAAAAAAGCAUACGAAGUACAAUGUUCAAAGUUGGAAACAAAAGCUGAGGAGGAAAAGAAAGCGGGUGACAAAGAGGUUAUUAGAUAUAUUAAAGAGUUGGAGGACAAAAAUAUGGAAAUUUCAACAUUGAAGCAAGAACUAGAAUCAAUGAGAAAAACAUAUGAAGUGCAAUGCUCACAGUUAGAAGCAAAAGUUGAAGAGGAAAAGAAAGCAGAUAAAAAAAAUGUUAUUGGAUAUGUCAAAGAGUUAGAGGACAAAAAAAUGGAAAUUUCAACAGUAAAGCAAGACCUAGAAACAAUGAAGAAAACAUAUGAAGUACAAUAUUCACAGUUGAAAGCAAAAGCUGAGGAGGAAAAACUAGCAUAUGACAAAAAGGUUAUUGGAUAUGUUAACGAGCUAGAUGACCAAAAAAGAGAAAAUUCAACAUUGAAGCAAGAAUUAGAAACAAUGAAGAAAACAUAUGAAGUACAAUACUCACAGUUAGAAGCAAAAGUUGAGGAGGAAAGAAGUGCAAAUGACCAAAAGAUUACUAAUUAUGUUAACGAGCUAGAGGACAAAAAAAUAGAAAUUUCAACAUUGAAGCAAGAGUUGGAAACCGAGAAAAAAACAUAUGAAGUACAAUGCUCACAGUUGGAAACAAAAGUUGAGGAUGCUAAAGGCGAAUUGAAACAAAAAUCACAAGAAUAUGAACAUCUAUUGGAAAAACUAAGGAAUAAGGUUAUAGAGAAUGAGGCCAUUUUUGAGUCAAAAUAUCAUAAGUGGACCAUGAAAGAGAACCAAAUACGAAAAUCUAUGAAUUUUCAAUUUAGUUACCUACAGAAUUUGAAAUUGUCAUGGGAAUCCAUUAAGCAAGAUGUUAUGAAAAAGCAAAACAUUUAUUCUGAGGAAUGUAAUCGAUUAGGUGUAAAUCUUAAACCAUUAGUGGAUGCAGCUGAGAAUUAUCAAAUAGUUCUUGCGGAAAAUAGAAAAUUGUUCAAUGAAAUUCAAGAAUUAAAAGGAAAUAUCAGAGUGUACUGUCGACUUAGACCAUUUCUUCCUGGACAAAAGGAAAAACAAUCAAUUGUGGAACACAUUGGUGAAAAUGAUUUGGUUGUGGCAAAUCCUGCCAAAACAGGAAAAGAUGCCCUUAAAACAUUUAAGUUCAACAAGGUCUUUGGUCCAACCUCAACUCAAGGUGAAGUGUAUUCUGAUGUACAGGCCUUUAUACGAUCAGUACUAGAUGGAUUUAAUGUAUGUAUAUUUGCUUAUGGCCAGACUGGUUCAGGGAAAACCUACACAAUGAGUGGUCCAAAUAAUGCAACACCCGAGAGUGUUGGUGUUAACUAUCGAGCUCUUAAUGACCUCUUCAGCAUAUCCACAAGUAGAAAAAGCUCCAUAGUAUAUGACAUUGGGGUACAAAUAAUUGAGAUAUAUAACGAACAAGUGCGCGAUUUGUUAUCAACUGAUGCUUCUGCAAAGAAACUUGGGAUAUUGAAUCACUCUCAACCAAAUGGUUUAGCAGUACCUGAUGCUACCAUGUUGCCUGUAAAAUCAACUUCAGAUGUUAUUAAGCUAAUGGACAUUGGCCUAAAAAAUAGAGCCAAGGGUUCCACUGCUAUGAAUGAAAGAAGUAGUCGUUCUCAUAGUGUGGUCUCAAUUCAUGUUCGUGGGGUGGAUCAAAAAUCUGGUUCCUCCCUUCAUGGUAAUCUUCAUUUGGUAGAUUUGGCAGGAAGUGAAAGGGUAGAUCGCUCAGAAGUAACUGGGGAUAGACUUAAGGAAGCACAACAUAUUAACAAAUCACUAUCUGCCCUUGGAGAUGUUAUUUUUGCACUUUCUCAAAAGAGUUCUCAUGUACCAUACAGAAAUAGCAAGCUUACUCAACUUUUGCAAUCAUCUCUUGGUGGUCAAGCAAAGACACUCAUGUUAGUUCAAAUUAAUUCAGACAUUAAGUCUUUUUCUGAGUCUUUGAGUACUUUGAAGUUUGCUGAGAGGGUUUCUGGCGUGGAGCUAGGAGCUGCUAAAAGUACCAAAGAGGGCAGAGAUGUCAGGGAAUUAAUGGAGCAGGUGGCUUCUCUUAAGGACACUAUUUUAGUUAAAGAUGAGGAGAUUGAGAAACUACAGUUACUUAAGGAUCUAAAAAAUGUUUAUCCUGGUGCCAAUUCUGAGAGGAUUGAAGCUGCCUCGGAAUAAUGAGUUGUGAAUUUUCUUUUUCCAAUCAAAGGUUCAUUUGGGGCGAGAAAUCACAAAUCAUAAAAUAAAAUUAAUAAGAACUUUGAAGGUGAGGUUAUGAUUUGCAUAUGCAAAUUCUGAUUGAAGAUCAAGUGAAGUGGCAUUUCUCACUAUGGCCUUACUCCAGAACAUAUACCGAUGAUUCUUCUAAAAAGCCCAUUCUCUAUGAGACACACAAUCAUAAAAAAAAAUAGAGAAAUAAAUUGUGCUUAUGUUGAUAUAGCUUUCACCAUUGUUGUGUAUAUAUAUAUAUAUAUAUAUAAACUUUGCUUCUUAGAAACACUAUUUAUAAACGCUUUAACUUUUUUUACAAAAUUUUUAUUUCAGAUAUUUAAAGCAACUAGGAAUUUGGCACAUUAUAGCUUCAUAACUAUAACAGUAAAGUAAGAGACAAUAGUUAACAUCUCAUUCAUUAUAUUUUCACACGCAUACAAACACAUU